GGGAGCGAGUACCAGUCUAAGUGUAGAGCACGUGUAUCGAAAAAGAGCCAAUGUGCGUUCGAACAUUAUCGUCGCGAGGAAGCUCAACUUGGUAAAUACGUAUUUUGAUAUAUUCGGCACAUUGUAGUUAUACUUAUAGUUAUAGUUAGUUUGUCCAUUAUUGAUUAAUUUAUAAAAAGUAAUGGCCAAAAAGCGUGUAACUAGUAGUACUACUUUCGACGAAAAGCUGGAAGAUUUUCGCGAUGAACGCUGCGAUGUGUCACUGUCAGCUCUGGAGCAAAACACAAAGUUGGGUAGGAAUGCAGAAUUUCUUUCGGCUCGUACUAUUUGCUUGAUAGUAGGAGCAGCGACUUUCCUAAAGUUGAUGUGUCUUCCAGCCUACAGGUCCACAGAUUUCGAAGUUCACAGAAACUGGCUAGCAAUUACUAGCAGCUUACCAAUCAGCAAAUGGUAUUAUGAGAAUACAUCUGAGUGGACAUUGGACUAUCCUCCGUUCUUUGCUUACUUCGAGUAUAUAUUAUCGUGCGUUGCAUACUACUUUGAUUCAAACAUGCUUGAGCUUUCGAACGUAAAUUAUGCUAGCUGGGGAACAGUUGUUUUCCAGAAAGCGUCGGUAAUGGUUACUGAUCUAGUGUUUGUGUAUGGAGCAAAAAAGUGCAUUCAGUCCGUCCCGAAUAACACCAAACUUGCAAUUUCCGAGAUGGGAUUGCUGGGGAACCCUCAAUUUGUUCUUGCUGUCCUGCUGUUAACUAAUUUCGGUCUGUUUAUCGUCGACCACAUUCACUUUCAGUAUAACGGUAUCUUAUUUGGAGUGAUGCUGCUUAGUAUGGCACGAAUUAUGCAGGGUCGCAACCUGGAGGCUGCAUUCUGGUUUGCUGUGCUGCUAAAUAGUAAGCACAUCUAUAUGUACAUGGCACCGGCUUACUUCGUCUAUUUGCUAAAGCACUACUGCUUCACUCACCAAACACGUGAGGGACGAGUCAUACUCACAUCUUUUGCGCCGUGGCGAUUCAUGCAGUUAGGAGCCGUGGUAGCAUUUGUAUUUGCCGCGUCGUUCGGUCCGUUUAUUGUCAUGGGACAGCUUGGGCAAGUACUGUCGCGACUGUUUCCAUUCAAGCGUGGGCUAUGCCACGCUUACUGGGCACCCAACUUCUGGGCUUUGUACAAUCUCGUCGACAAAGUUGCGGCGACUUUGGCCGCCCGGCUCGGUUUCACGCAGGUGGCGCUGGCGCAGUCGUCGAUGACGGGCGGACUCGUGCAAGAGUUCAGUCACGCCGUUUUGCCGUCGGUGUCUCCGCUCGCAACUCUACUCUGCACGCUGGCUUCCAUAUUACCGGCAUUGCUGAACCUGUGGACUAGACCGAGUAGCAGGUGUUCGGCCGUUGAGUGCGCGGUUCUGUGCGCGUUCAGUGCGUUCAUCUUCGGCUGGCACGUUCACGAGAAGGCGAUCCUGCUCGUCGUUGUUCCCCUGAGUCUGCUGGCGACUCGCAGUGACGCGUACGCCCACGCGUUCCUGAUGGUGUCCACCGUCGGUCACUACUCGCUCUUCCCGCUCAUCUUCACGCAGGCCGAGACGCUCGUGAAGAUCUCGCUUUUCACGUUCUCGACUGCGUUCGCGUUCGUGGGUUUAGCCGCCGUCCGCGGACGUCGGCCGGAGAGGUUUCGUCUGCCGUUCAUGAGCGCGUGCGAGACGGCGUAUGUUCUCGGAUUGGUCGCGUUAGAGGUUUACUGUAGCGUCGUCCACCGAGUGCUGGGUCUCGACGGCAGACUUCCGUUCUUACCGCUGAUGCUCACGUCGUGUUAUUGCGCGGUCGGAGUCUGCUAUUCGUGGCUAGUGUUAUGUGUAACUUGUCUCCGUAGGUCGUACGGCGAAACACGAGCAUAAGGAACGUGCACUCGUGAGGUUUCGGGCCUUCAGCUUGCUUUUUUCGAUGAUCGUAGCAUUGACAUUUCCUUUCAGGUUAAGUCAGUAUCUUCUCUAAUUCAUCCACCAGUUCUUUGAGAAGACAUGGGUAUCUAGCUUUUGGCAAUGAACUAGAAGAUCUUCCCUCUUUAGUGUUCUUCCACUUGGUUAAUAUCUGACGCCACUUCAUUUUCAUUGGGCGGUAGUAGGCCACCUCCAGAGGCUGGGUCAGGUGUGUGCUGUUAGGGCGAGUUUUUUUUAUUUUGGUGGUUUACAGAUUCGCCGACCCGAAUUUUCAAGAAAAACGAAAAAAAAUAAAAAUUGAAAAUCUGUAUUUUUUUAUUCCCGCUACUGAAAACAGCCCAUAUUCAGUCUCCUCGUGAAAUUGUCUAAUUUCUUGCACACGCUUCCCUGUGUUUGCAUUGUUAUUUUUAACCUUUUCACUCAGGAUAUUUAAUGUUGCAGCUGCAAUCGAAUGUAUUAUAGCUGACAGAUCUUCAUGCUGAUACUUUGUGAUUGGUUGCAAAAAUAUGCAUUUAGUUAAUUCACUCCAUACACAAGGGAGGUUUUCUUGGUCCAUAUCGAUCUGUAUAACAGGCCCCAGCUUUACAUCGCAGGUGGUAGAAAUUGCGCCAGCGACUACACCUAGCCAUGCGGUCUGGAAAGUUACGUACCGGUCAGCAAAUUUCUCACUCUUGAAGCAAUCACGGUAUAAAGUAACAAAAAUGUCAAGGAAAGCAAGCGCGUGAGACCAGACUUGUCCAAAUGAUCGAGAAUCAAAACACGAUCACCAUAUUCGAGGUGCAGCUCUUCUCGGACGUUGGUUUUAACCUUCUCUGCCAAGUUUUGGACGUCCGUGUCUUGGACUACAGCACAGACUGUAUUCACUUCUCCGAUUGUUAAGGCUAUGCUUAUUUUCGGACUUUUCCGUCGUUUGUCUUUCCUCAUAACUUUCUCUAUCUUUCGCGGUGCCAUGUUUUAACUUUAGUGUUAUUAUCUCGCACAUUACGCUUCUCGCGAGAAGCGAAACAAGUGCUAAUAUUCCCUUACGGUCCCCAGCGUUCCGUAAUAGACAAUAGAACACUAAUCCCAUAACAAAGUUUG